GCGGAAGUGAACGGGCGGCGGCGGAAGUGGCUGCGCGCGUCGGGGGCUCACGAUGAAUUCCAGAGGCACUACUUCUCUGUUGAAGGAUAGUAUCUCAUUUACAGAAGUUUCAGCUUCAGGGCUAUUUGAAGGUCAUGAUCUUCUGCGCAGAGGCUUUACAAGUGUGAAAAAUGAAUUGUUGCCCAGCCACCCACUGGAGCUGACAGAAAAGAAUUUUCAGUUAAAUCAAGAUAAAACAAACUUUGCCACACUGAGAAACAUCCAAGGAAUCCAUGCACCUUUAAAGCUGCAGAUGGAAUUCAGAGCAGUGAAACAGGUCCAGCGUCUACCAUUUCUUCACAGCUCAAACAUGGCAAUGGAUAUUUUGAGGGGAAAUGAUGAAUGCAUUGGUUUUGAGGAUAUCCUUAAUGAUCCUUCCCAGAGUGAGGUUAUGGGAGAACCACACAUGAUGAUGGAGCACAAGCUUGGUUUAUUGUAACAAAAUAUACUUCGCAAAAAUGUUUAGUGUGUGUCUUUCUAGUGCAGAUCUAAGUACAUGGUACUAAAUUGACUCUCGAAGUGUUAAGCAGACCUAGUUUUCACUUGCCUUGCUUAAUGAAAAGGCACAUUAAAUGUUUCAAGUCUCUAAAUUGUUCUGUGCUUGUUAUCAAUUGUACACAUGUCCUGUAACUAGGUGGUUUAAAUAAUGCCUUUUCAUGAACUGCUCAGGACAAUAGCUUCUUAAAUAUGAAGUAUGAUAUAUGUAUACUAGAAAUUCAGAAAUACCCAGGCAUUUUAAAACUGACUACUGUGGUAAAUGCAUUUAAUGGGGGAAGAGGAAGGUAUUUUCUGUUGCAUAACUCUUUGUUCAUGAAAAUUUCCAUACACUUUUUAAACUAUUGAAUAAAAGUUUGCUAUAAAUGCU